AUGAGUGAGUAUAUGGAGAAGUUCGCGGUAUCGCGACUUGUCGGUGCGCCACCUGGGUACGUUGGAUAUGAGGAAGGAGGAGAAUUGACAGAAGCAACCAGAAGGAAACCUUUUGCUGUAGUACUACUGGACUAG